AUGGCUGCGAAUAACAUGCACCCAUAUAAUCCAGGCUUCUCUCCCUUCAUGAUGCCGAUCAAUGGCAACCCGUUUGCUACGCUACCAUCUCCUAUGCAGGCUCCGGUGCAGGUGCAACAAGCACAACAAGGGGGUGGGCAUCAGAACCCGGGACCAAGUGCUCAACCAGCACCCAGAAAGACCGAUGAUUCAGCUCAUGACCCAAAGAAUUCGCCAAAAAACAGCCCUGCGGAAUCCGGAGCGCCCUCGAGUCCUGUGAAGCCCCCCUCCAGUCUCAUCCAACCCACAUAUCGGAAGCACUCCCCCAACCUGAUUGUUGACGUCGCGGAAACCUGUCAGGAGAAGUUCCCCUUCAAGGAAGUCGCCGAGCGCCACGACACUUCGGUGGAGAAGGUAUUUGACGUCUUUGCCGCCAUCAUAAAGGUUCCUCUCCUGCGGUGCCCUACUGAUCGACGUAGGCCUGGAAAGCUAGCAACGACACGGGUCAAGGAGUACACGAAGGCGAAGAAAGACCUCCAGGAGUCUCGAGCUCAGGUCGCACCUGGUGCUAAGCAAGAUUAUUACGUGACCCCGUCGACGAUUGCGCAAAGUCUGGGUCGUGUGGAGUUUCCCGAGGGUUUCAAAUUCGGACAAUGGUGA